AGUGCAUGUGGAUCUCCUACCUCAAUAGCGCGAAGCCUGAAAAAAAGAAGUGGGAGAAUGAUCGAAACUGCUCUGGCCGUUCGAUUCUCCGGCUGCGCAAACUUCUGCUACUCCUCCGCUUUGUCGAAUCACCGUCCAGCUUGGACUUCGGAGGAUGUAACUUGUAUAGGCCAUGCUAACAGCUCUUGCCGGCUUUUUCAAUCUUGCGCUUCGGACGUGCAGUGGAAAAGAUGCCAAAGACUCAAUAGUAGGUCCCUCUUGGGAAAGAACAAUCUCAAAAAGAAUGGAAUUCAAGCAUCAGCAGAGCAUUUGGGCUCUGCAUCAGAUCCAAUUAAACAAAAUAGGAGAUUACAGUAUCAUCCAUCUGAGGAGUUUGUUAAAUCAAUAACAGAGAUUGCUGAGGAUGUUAGACCUACCUCUGCAGAAAUUACGAGAACAAUCAUCGAGGUAAAUAGCAAAGCAACAUUAAUGUUUGCGGGUUUGAUUAACGAUGAAGUUCAGGAAAAUAUUAUCUGGCCAGACCUACCCUAUGUAACUGACGAACAUGGAAAUAUCUAUUUUCAAGUGAAGAGCACUGAAGAGACCUUGCAAAACCUAAAUUCAGAAAAUAACUUUGUGCAAGUUCUUAUUGGCCUUGAUUCCAUGAAAAUGAUCGAUGAGCUGGAGUUGUUUGGUCCAUCAGAAGUUGAAUUUGGAUUUGAAGAGCUUGAUGAUGAAGUUACAAAUGGUGGUGAUGAUGAAGAUGAAGAUGAUGACAGCGAGGAUGAUGAUGAUGAUGCAGAUGAUGAAUAUGAUAGGGACUGGGUUUCUGUCAUAGAUGAUGAAGAUGAUCAAAAUUACUCUGAUGAGACCCUAGGAGACUGGGCAAAACUGGAGACAAUGCGUUCUUCACAUCCAAUGCAUUUUGCUAACAAGCUUUCAGAGUCUGCAUCGGAUGAUCCUAUCGAUUGUAUGGAAGAGCCCCCAGCAACUUUACUGAUCCAAGGUUUCCUAAGACCUGCAUUCAGUGAAGAGCAUACUGUUAUUCAGAGACAUCUAUCCAGCCGUCAUUCAAGUAAUGGUGAUAUACACGAGGCUCAGAAACUUGAAGAUAAUCUUGAGAAUCGUGGUAGGAUCAAUCAUCAGGGUCAUGAAUCAAGCUCAUCUAAAGAUGGUUUAAACAUGGUAGAUGGAUUGGCUGAAAAUAUUCCAGUGAACGAUGCUUCAUUUUACCGGUUGGAGAUGAUAAAGGUUCAGCUAUGUACAGGACAUGCACAUCCAAGCAACGUUGAAAUAGAGGAUCUCAUGAAAGCUCAACCUGAUGCAAUCGGGCACUCGGCCGAAAAAAUUAUUUCUCGUUUGAGAGCAGGUGGAGAAAAGACCACACAAGCGCUCAAGUCUCUGUGUUGGAGAUGCAAGGGCAUUCAGGUUGAGGAGGCAGUAAUCAAUGGUAUAGAUUCACUUGGAUUUGAUGUGAGGGUUUGCUCCGGAACUCAGGUCCAAACGUUGCGGUUUGCAUUUGAUACACGAGCUACCUCAGAGUUCAGUGCGGAAAAACAGCUGGACGACUUGCUUUUCCCGAGAAUUCAUUCCAAACCUCCAAAAAUGAAACAAACGCAUCAAAAUGAAUGCUGAACAUUGUAAGCCUUCUCGACCACAUUGCACUCUAAUUAUGGGUGUGUUUGUCUUUCUCAGGUUCCAAUCUUUAAUGUUUCAGAGCAGAAUGGAAAUAGGUAAAUUUAUUUCAAAUUGUCGAUUCAUUUGAUUACGUAUCGAUGAUUGCAUUCUUCGAUUAUUGUCAACUGGCCUUUUCCACCAACA